AUGCCAUGUACGAGUGUGUUGCCACGAAAACCAGCACCCCCACAACCUCCUCGCAAGACGCAGGAUCCCCCCGUCCUGCCGUGUCGCUCCCAUUCCCCCGAACAACUCGUCAAGAACAAUCGCAAGGCACUACGGUCCCUCAAGGAUAACCCACUCAAGGCCGUGCGACGAAAGAAUAGCAGUGAUCAGCCAUUUCUAUUCCUCAAUGCAGGUGCGGCUCCUGCCAUUCCGUCACUGCCCAAUCGAUUGUUCGUUAGCAAGAGCGCUUAG